AUGGACAAGCUGCCCCCCUCCAUGCGCAAGAGGCUCUACAGCCUGCCCCAGCAGAUCGGACCCAAGGCGUCGAUCAUGGACGAGGAGGACGACAGCGACAAGGACACCCGCAGGAAAAGCAUCAGGCUCAAGCCGCUGCCUUCGCCCUCCGCCGGGAGCACCCGGGGGGACCCCGGCCGAGGGGGGGACCCCGGCUUGCUGGAGACGGAGGCCGGCGGCAAGGGCGGCAAGAGCAGCACCAACGGGGACUGCCGCCGCUUCAAAGGCAGCCUGUCCUCGCUGGCCAGCCGGCACCUGCACGACGCGGCCGAGGAGAAGCGGCUGAUCGGCGGCGAGGGCGAGCCGGCCUCUCCCGGCGAGGAGCGGAGCCCCGCGGGCAGCGCGGAGCUGGAGCCGGGGCCGGGCGCGCCCCCGCCGCCUGCCGAGCCCCCCGAGCCCCGGCAGCCGCCGCCCCGCGCCGGCUCCUGCGCCUCCAUCAAGGUGGAGGGGCCCGGGGGCUGCGAGCAGAUCAGCCCCGAGGAGGAGCAGAGGCUCGGCCAGGCCGGCUUCAUGCAGAGGCAGUUCGGGGCCAUGCUCCAGCCCGGGGUCAACAAAUUCUCCUUGAGGAUGUUUGGCAGCCAGAAGGCCGUGGAGAGGGAGCAGGAAAGAGUUAAGUCUGCCGGGUUCUGGAUCAUCCAUCCCUACAGCGACUUCAGGUUUUACUGGGAUCUGACCAUGCUGCUGCUGAUGGUAGGGAACCUGAUCAUCAUCCCUGUGGGCAUCACCUUCUUCAAGGAUGAAAACACCACCCCGUGGAUUGUCUUCAACGUGGUUUCGGACACGUUCUUCCUCAUCGACCUUGUCCUCAACUUCCGGACGGGCAUCGUGGUGGAGGACAACACCGAGAUCAUCCUGGACCCGCAGAGGAUCAAGAUGAAGUACCUGAAGAGCUGGUUCGUGGUGGAUUUCAUCUCCUCCAUCCCCGUGGACUACAUCUUCCUGAUCGUGGAGACGCGCAUCGACUCCGAGGUGUACAAGACGGCGCGGGCGCUGCGCAUCGUGCGCUUCACCAAGAUCCUGAGCCUGCUGCGCCUGCUGCGCCUCUCGCGCCUCAUCCGCUACAUCCACCAGUGGGAGGAGAUCUUCCACAUGACCUACGACCUGGCCAGCGCCGUGGUGAGGAUCGUCAACCUGAUCGGGAUGAUGCUGCUGCUGUGCCACUGGGACGGCUGCCUGCAGUUCCUGGUGCCCAUGCUGCAGGACUUCCCUGACGACUGCUGGGUGUCCCUCAACCGCAUGGUGAACGACUCCUGGGGGAAGCAGUACUCGUACGCGCUGUUCAAGGCCAUGAGCCACAUGCUGUGCAUCGGCUACGGGCAGCAGGCGCCCGUGGGCAUGUCGGACGUGUGGCUCACCAUGCUCAGCAUGAUCGUGGGCGCCACCUGCUACGCCAUGUUCAUCGGCCACGCCACCGCCCUCAUCCAGUCCCUCGACUCCUCGCGCCGCCAGUACCAGGAGAAGUACAAACAGGUGGAGCAGUACAUGUCCUUCCACAAGCUGCCCGCCGACAUGCGGCAGCGCAUCCACGACUACUACGAGCACCGCUACCAGGGCAAGAUGUUCGACGAGGAGAGCAUCCUGGGGGAGCUGAGCGAGCCCCUGCGCGAGGAAAUCAUCAACUUCAACUGCCGCAAGCUGGUGGCCUCCAUGCCCCUGUUUGCCAACGCAGACCCCAACUUUGUGACGUCCAUGCUGACCAAGCUGAAGUUCGAGGUGUUCCAGCCCGGGGACUACAUCAUCCGGGAGGGCACCAUCGGCAAGAAGAUGUACUUCAUCCAGCACGGCGUGGUCAGCGUCCUCACCAAGGGCAACAAGGAGACCAAGCUGGCUGACGGCUCCUACUUUGGAGAGAUCUGCCUGCUGACCCGCGGCCGGCGCACGGCCAGCGUCCGUGCUGACACCUACUGCCGCCUCUACUCGCUGUCCGUGGACAACUUCAACGAGGUGCUGGAGGAGUACCCCAUGAUGAGGAGAGCCUUCGAGACCGUGGCUCUGGACAGGCUGGACAGGAUUGGCAAGAAGAACUCCAUCCUGCUACACAAAGUGCAGCACGACCUCAACUCGGGCGUCUUCAACUACCAGGAGAACGAGAUCAUCCAGCAGAUCGUGCAGCACGACCGGGAGAUGGCUCACUGCGCGCACACGGCGCAGGCCGCGGCCGCCGCCCCCGCGCCCGCGCCGCUCAUCUGGACGCCGCUGAUCCAGGCCCCGCUGCAGGCGGCCGCCGCCACCACCUCGGUGGCCAUCGCCCUCACGCACCACCCGCGCCUGCCCACCGCCAUCUUCCGCCCGCCCGUCUCCGUGCUGGGCUCGCUGGCCCAGCAGCCCAGCCCCACGCCCCGCCAGCAGCUCAAGAGGUUCCAGCCGCUCGUCCCGUCCGCCGGCCCCUCGGCCGUGGGCUCCCCGUCCAGCACCCCGUCGCAGCUGCACACGCCGGCCGCCGAGACGCCCUCGUCCUCGUCUUUCCACAUCCAGCAGCUGGCCGGCUUCUCGGCCGCCGCCGGCCUGGGCCAGUUCCAGGUGGGAUCCCCUCCGGGCGGCUCGGGCCCGCCGGGGCCGGGCAGCGCCUCCGCCGUGGGGCUGAGCCAGCUGCAGAGCGCACCGUCCGGGUCCCCGCUGGGCGCGGCGCAGCCCCUGCAGCAGCAGCAGCAGCCGCAGCAGCAGCAGCAGCAGCAGCAGCAGCAGCAGCAGCCAGCCCUCUCCAGCGGUGCGUUUGGGCACUUCCAGCAAGCCACAGCCAGCUCCAGCUCCCCAUCGACAUCCCUCACCCAGCUGUCCUCGAACUCGCCCCCCGGCCUGCUGAACCAGUUCCAGCCCGCCGCAAGGCCCCCGCAGGCGGGGCAGUCGCAGCAGCUCUCGGGCAGCGGGACCCUCGGGGGCAUGAACCACUUCCAGCCCCCUCCUUCCUCCAACUCUCCCUCCUCCAGCCUAAGCCAGCUGGCGCAGGCCCCGGGCGGGCCGUCCGCAGGCCCGUGCCAAACACAUCCAAGUGCUUUAGCGUCUCUGACUGGAACGGUAGCGCAGCUCCACCAAGAGCGGCCCCCCUUCGCCUCCGCCUCUCCCUGCUACACCCCCUCCGGCCUUAGUCCCCCCAGCCAGAGCCCGGCGGCGGGCAGGACUCUGCCGGGCGGCGCCGCGGGCUCGCAGGGCUCGCUGCUGCUGCCGCAGCCCGCCAGCCCCCCGGCCCCGCCGGGCCGCGCCGCGCCGCCGGGCCGCCUGCACCAGGACAUCAAGCUCAUUUCUGCGUCCCAGCCCUCGCUGCCCCAGGAGCUGGCCCAGGCGCUGGGCCACCGCGGCUCCCCGCACUCCUCCGGAGAGUCGGUGUGCAGCUUCUCGGCGCUGGCGGGCAGGCCGUGCGGCGCCGUGCCCGGCCGGGUGGCUCUGCCGCGCCAGAUGUCCUCAGGGUCCCUGCCGCACCCGCUGCUCUUCGGGGCCGCGGCCGCCCGCAAAGAGUCCGCCGUGCUCACGGGGGAUCUGGAGCCCGUCAGGUCCAAGCUGCCCUCCAAUUUGUGAGGACUCCGGCAGCAGCUCUGCCCUUCGGUUCUGAUGAGUUCGCCGAGCAGUUUUUUCCUUUCUUUCCCCCCCUCCCCGCUCCACUCCUGCUUUCUUUUUUUUUUUUUUUUUUCCCCUCCAUUUCUUUCGUUUAGGUUUAAGUGUGCUUAGAAACAAAGACAAAACACGUGAAAAACAACGGGAAAAAAAAAAAAAAAGACGAUAACCAGGUAUUCUUAGAGCUAUAGAUUUUUGGUCACUUGGUUUUAUAGAAUAUUUUAAUACACAGGAAAAAAAAAAGGAUUCGAGCAAAUUUAAUCCAACGAGGUAACGCACAGCCUGCCUGAGCUGGAACACGUGAAUGAGCAGCCAUAGAAGCCACCAAAAAAGGUUUUCCUGUCGAGACAGAGACCCGAGGUUGGCAUGGGCCAUAGAAGGGGCUGUGGGGUCAGGCUUGAGCUAGUGUUUGUAGAACAGCCCUGGCUGGUCAUCCUUGCCCCAGCUGUGACCCUGGGGCUGUGUCCCUGCCAGGUCACCUCUGUGCUCAGCAGCUCACAGAGGAGCCAGGAAGGGUGAGUUCACUCUUGUACACCCCUGGAGGGAUUUCCCAAGGGCUGAGGUUUGGGUUGGACUCCACUGAGGAAGAUGAAGGUGACCAGGAGAUGGACAGGCCUCACUGCAGAUUGUCCCUUUCUUACUCCAGUGGGAGCAAGGAGCAAUCCCUGGAAAGGCACAGGGAGGGCAGGGAUGAUCCCUCUGUACUUUGGCACGUGGGCAGCACACCAAGCAGAAGGGCCCAGCCUUCAGGCUCUCAGUGGUGUGUGCAAAGCACGGGAGGGAUGAAGGAAGAGGCAGCUGGAACGUCCCCUCUGUCCCUUCAGUGUCUCAGUGUCCGUGGGUCACUGCUCUGAGCAGAGCUAGGAAGGCCUGAGCAGUGGGUGCAGUCCCCAGCCCUCCUCCUCCUCCUUAGCCCCGGGCAGUGUGAGGCACCAGGACAGUUCUGGAGCCCAGCCAAGAUUUACCACUCUGUUUUUACCAUUGAAACCAGAUCAGCCCAGAAAUCUGGCCAGCCAUGGUCUGUGCUUGUCCCCUGCUGGGGGAACCGAAAUCCUUUGAUUUCACCAGCAAUAAGAGCCUGCACCUGCUGGGCUUCCCCUGACACCUGCAGGCACCUGGAGCUGGCCCUGGGGCUCCCUGGCUGGGGCACCCAACUGGGUGGGGACAGAGCAGCAGUGAGAGGCCACAGCCUUUACCUCUAGGGCAGACAUCUCCUUUGUGCCACUUCAUCCUUCCUCCCUCUCUGUUUGGGGUUUUCUUAGGCCAAGGGGUGUCUGUGGCCACCUCACUGUCCGAGUCAGGUGCUCAACUUUUCUAACACUCAUUGGAGACACAUCCAGCCUCCCUCUGUCCCCAGCUCUCCAGGGGACACAGGGCUCCAUGCAGCAGUGCCAAAAACUCCCCCCAGCCCCCUCUGCCCUGCCCCAAACCCUGGCUGACACUUGUUUUUAUACCGAGUUGUCUGUAGAACUCUGCCACGUGCCUGCACCUUGAUUGUUGCAUUCCUGGGCACUCCUGCUUCACCCUGCUUUGGUGGCUCCAAAUUCAGAUGUGAUCAGCUUUGGUCUUCCUUAAAGGGUCAGGGGAACUCUGGAAAUGCUUUUUCUACUGGCUCCAUGCAGCUCUGCCUGUGUGAGUGCGGUGGGAGGGUGAGUGUGUGUGUGUGUGUGUGUUUGGAUAGAUUUUAUAGAUGUAUCUAUAUCUACACACCUGCUUUUCUAUCUGUAGGGUAGUCACACACAUCUGUAGUCUAUUUAUGCACAUGUGUCAGCACACACACACACACACACACACACACAUAUUUAUAUAUAUAUAUGUAUAUCCUAGUUUUAAAAUACAUGUCAGUUCUGACCCUCCUGCAGGGCUGAUUGGCAGGUGACAAUUAUAACCUCUAGAUCCUGCUUUUCCAAAUAUGUACAGGUUCAUCUUGACACAGGAGUUGAAGCAGACCCUCUCUUGUUUUCAGAGGUAGAAGGAAGACUCACAAUAUCCUUUUCAGUUCUUUUUUUUUUUUUGGGUUUUUAGCAAACCUUUCCCUUAUGUGCCAGAGGGAUCCUGGCUGAGCAGCUGGAGAGCUCCAUGUGGGGCUGGGCUGGGCAGGGGGGAAUCCAGCCCUCCUGGUCCUGUGGCUGCUGCACUGGCCCCAAAUCCUGGCCAGACUGGGGCCCCCCAGACCCUCAGGGGUGCCCCCUCCUCACUGUGGGACACCCUCCCUGGCUUUGCUUCCCUCGGGAUCUUCUUUGGGUUUCCAGCUGUCAGCACUGCAGUAGCCAACACUGAGUUAUUCUGACUGGACCCCAGUCAACACUAGGCUUGUCUCUGUAGAUGGAACUAUAUUUAUUAUUAUUAUUAUUAUUAUUAUUAUUAUUAUUAUUAUUAUUA